AUGCUGAGAAUCAACAAAAAGUAUUAGAAAUUCAAAACAAAGUAGAAAGACUACCGGGCAAUAUAAUAAAUCCUGCUCGAAGAUUUAUAUACCAAGGAGAUUUAUAUAAAGUUACUCAACGAAUGUCAUCCACAAAACCCUAUUACUUAGCAACAGAGGAUAGACGUGCACAUUUUCUAUUUAAUGAUCUACUUCUCCUCUGUAUAGAAUUCCAAGGAAAGUUAUUGUACACUGGGCAAAUUGAUUUGAAUAAUGCAUAUCUGAUUGAUAUUGCAGAUGAUGAAGCAGAUCAACCCUUUUGUUUUCAAAUAAUCACCACCACAGCGGAAGGAAAGGAAGCAUGUCACACGGUUCGAGCAACAACAUUUGAAGAAAAAACGGAAUGGAUUACACGAAUUGAUAAUGCACUUGAAGUGCUGAAAAGAAUAAGAAAUAAUUCUAGUAUCAGGUCAAAGA